AAUUACACAAUUACUAAAAUGGAUUACUAUUUAAGUAGUUAAUAGAUAGGAUUAUACACAACUUUUCACAGAAUCGAGUGCAUGUCCAUUGGAAUCGAGUCCCACUGGUCGGAACAGCAAGUUUGGUAGAGCCAACGAGUGCACCAAAUCAUAACGAACAUCGAUUUGAUACUUUUUUGUUAGGAAAUGCGGAAUAGAAAUUUCAAAUGGGUUAUCAAAUAAACUAUAUUAUAGACGUAUCAUGAUUAGUACAGGAACUCGUAGUCAAAGUAGAACCGUAACAACAUCUUUUGCAGGCUGAAAACUGCUCCAUAGCUGCUCAGGUCUACCUCGUAUUUAUCUACUUUGAUGAAUACUGCUUUUCGCUUAUACCUUAAUCUAUUAACUUUGAAGACAUUGGUCGCGCUUUUGGCCAUCGUUGCUACAAGAUAGCCAAGCACGGUUCUUGACUCAUGCCAGGCUCAUGUGUUGAUACGAUUUGUUCAGUGUUUGUUAUAUACAGUGGCUUGCGAUCGCACUCGGAUCGCUACUCGGAGGUUUUCGCUGCCCGGGGGCUAGUCCGGCUGUACAAGUGUGUAGAUGCUAUGAUAGAUAAGUACAAGUGUAGCGGUUGAUCUGGUGCGCCAAAGCAUUGAGGCAUAUGCUUACAGUGCUGCAUUGUUUCUACCGCUUUCUUACGCUUUUGCCCUUAUCUGAACGGUCUCUGGUCUCAUCCAUAAAGUGUCGUGAAGCUUUAGGUCGACGUUUGUUCAAAUAUAAACCUAUACGCAACAAUCAAUAAACACUACCUGGGAAAAGCGACGAAUCCAGUCAUAUCCAGAUUCAUUGCUCUGUGAGCUAAAUAAUCAACCAACCUAUUAGCAGCAAUACCAUUUCAUUGGAAACAUCUUCAUCAAUUCGUGCAGCAGCUAAUAAAAAGAAAUAUAAAAGAUGGAUAACUCAAUAAUGUCCGCUAAUUCGUCCGAGGAAGAGGAACUGUUGGCUGAUACUGCACACAAAAAAGGGAAACGAAGGCACACCAACGAGCAUGAUGCGGACCAGCCGGAGAGCAAAAAGCUCCACGAAACGGGCGCGGAAGCCGGUUCGUUCGCAAACUUUUCCGAGAAAUCGGUUCGCAUCAUGCAACAAAUGGGUUAUAAAGCCGGCACCGGUUUGGGCAAGACGGGCCAGGGCCGGGUGGAUCUGAUCGAAACAUCCUCGCAGAAGGGGCGAAGUGGUUUAGGCAUGAAGCUGAACGAGUUAAACACGGCUGCCGAGCAGUGGGACGGUACAGCGGAGGUAUUACAAAUUCCGGAAGUAUGUACAUGGCUGAAGAACGCAAAUGCCGAAGCAGACGAUCCGGGCAUCACGCGGGAACAGUUGGACGCAUGGAUAAAGGUUGGUCCGCGCAAGCUGCUAAUCAACGACGAGCACAAAUACUGCGACCGGGAGAUACUGCUGCAGAUUCUAGCGAGUAAGUCAGUGUUCGAUAAUCUCGGUGCGGACGAUAUGCGCAAGGCGCGCUCGAAAUCCAACCCGUUCGAGCUGAUUAAAAGCAACAUCUUUAUCAAUCGUGCCGCGGUCAAGAUGGCCAACAUGGAUUCGAUGUUUGAUUUUAUGCUAACCAAACCGCUCGAUCAGGGCGGUAAACCGUUGGUGAAGGAAAACGAUCUGUUUUACUUUGCGGACGUAUGUGCCGGUCCGGGUGGUUUCUCCGAGUAUGUGCUGUGGCGAAAUGGUUGGCACGCGAAAGGGUUUGGUUUUACGCUGAAGGGUGCGUGUGACUUUCGGCUAGAUGAUUUUACCGCUGGUUCGCCGGAAACGUUCGAUGCGUACUACGGACCGAAGGAGGACGGUAACAUUUUCGAUCCGGCGAAUAUAGAGGGAUUUUCCGAGUACGUAAUGACACAAACGGAAACGGGCGUCCAUCUGAUGAUGGCGGACGGUGGCUUUUCCGUCGAGGGACAGGAAAACCAGCAAGAGAUCCUAUCGAAACAGCUCUACCUGUGUCAGAUGAUCGUAGCGCUAGCGAUCGUGCGCCCGGAAGGACACUUUGUGAUGAAAGUGUUCGAUCUGUUCACACCGUUCAGUAUCGGGUUGGUUUACCUGGCGUAUCGGUGCUUCCGGGAGAUUUCGAUCUGCAAACCAAACAGCAGCCGACCGGCCAACUCGGAACGUUAUCUCGUGUGCAAGUGGAAGCUGCCCAAAACCGAUCUCAUACAGCGCCAUCUGGAGGACGUAAACAAGCAGAUGUUUAACAAUAGCAAGAAAAACAUCGACACGCUUGAGCUGGUGUCGGAAGAGGUGCUGCACGAGGAUAGCACAUUUUUCGAGUAUAUCUGCACCAGCAACAACACAAUCGGUGCAAACCAGAUUACGGCUUUGCUGAAGAUUGCAGCAUACUGUAAAAAUCGUGACCUCGCCGAAACACGCCAGAUGGAGGUGAAGCAAAAGUGUCUCGCGCUCUGGAAGUUGCCCGAUGGGAUCCGCAAGUUCGCCAACAAGGGUGAUCCGGAUCAGUAUGUGGCGAAGCUGUACAAGGAGUGGAACAGUCUUACCAAGGAGGUGUGCCAGGUGGAGAAAAAGUUACAAAACCCGGACCUGAAGAUGUCCUUCCCGUCCGCGUACGAUUGGUGCUUUGUGCCGAUCGGUAAUACGGAAAACAAUGGUAAAAACAUACGGACGAUACUGCUCGGCAAGGGUGGCAAGGAGGUGUACAAGUUCGAUCCGAAACAGUGCAGCUGGAUACCGAUGACGGAGGUGGCGAUCGAGCUGCCGCACGGCACGAUCAUAUACGGUGAGAUUGUGCGCGAACUCCAGGGAGAGGGCAAAUCACAAAUCGUCAUCAACACGCUGCACAUCAUUGACGGACUGUUGCUCGGUGGGGAAAACAUUCGCAAGCUGCCACUCCGGCAGCGAAUGGCACGCUGUCAGCAGUUUGCGAAAGCGCUCAACAAACCGCUGAAGGGUAUCAAUUCGGACUGCACGAACGGGAGUGCCGUGACGGUACAGAUACGGGCGAAGAAGCUGUACGAUUUGUGCGACAUCGAAAACACAUUUUUCAAAUCGUUGGAAACGUACAAGCUGAAGUCGGGACAGCCACGUUUGGGCUAUCGGCUCCGGAACGUGAUCGAUGCCGACCGAUUCUACGUGCCGUACGGGUUGCUGUUUCUGAAGGAAAUUAAACCGGACUAUCUUAAAUCACUCUCCACCAAACGGCACAUGUUUUAUUACUAUCAUGUGAAAACUAAGCUUUCCCAGUAUCCGGAACAGUUCGAAAACUAUGAAGCGGAAACGAUGGCAAUGUUUGAGGAAACGUUUCAUUCGCGUUUGCUCUGGAAGUGGGAAAUAGUGCACCAGGUCGAUCCGCAGGUUACCGAGGACAAAUCCUCGGACAGUGUGUACAGGGUAGACUUCAAGCAGUAUCUGCAAACAAACUAUGGGCAAAGCAUUAACUAGAACGUUGCUAGGUUGGCUGCUGAAACACACCAUUUUAACACUUAAUAUGCUCCACUUUCAUGCAUUUCAUCGUUGCAUGAUUUACAGUUAAGAAUUAGCGUCUUCGGUUGAAAGGAGGGGAGUUCAAAAUUGAACUUCUUUUUUUUCUCUUUUGUAGGUAUUUUAAACAUAUUUGGUUCAUCUUUUGGAGACUAAAUUACGCAACUGGUUAACUGAUAAGAAGCAACCAAAUCACUAAACAUACUUCGUUGCAAUUACAAAACAAAAUUUAGCUUUUCAACAUCGAGACGAAGAUUCGUUUUUAUUAAUGUGUUAGUUUAUAAGUUUUCUCCUGUUUUGUAUCCACCGAUAUUCGUUAUCGGUUUUUUUUGCUGGCAAGUUGUGACUUGAAUUACCCAUUAUUGUAAAUUACCGACCUAUUAGUCUGGCUAAUGUGCUUUGUUGAGCUGUUUGUUAAUUGCAACAAAAAAAAGAGUAGAUUUAAUCGAUUUUUUUUUGUAUAGAUUAUUAGCUGUAAGUGCAUGUUCUCUAAGUAUAGAAGGAAUGGCAGGAACGAAGGAAAUACUACAACUGAGCAGGAUUGAAAAUGAGCAUUUGCAUCGUAGAAGCAAUUUCAGAGAUUGUAAAGAAGUUACUCAUUAUUUUCUAAGAAUGCUUGGUUCAUUUUUUCAAACUAUUCUAAAUAUAUGAAUUUUUACUUAAGUAAAA